GUCCACAAGCACACGGGUCCUCACUUUGCGUUUCGUGGCUUCCAAAAACUCAAUCUUGUGUCGUUGUACAAUCUCUUUCGCAUGAGAUGUCAUUCCCUGUUUACAUUUCCACUACCUUCCAUUCCAUUUGAUUGUUCUCUUUCACGGAUACCAACCCUUUUCUCCCUCCCUUUCUGCCUCUAUUUAUUUUCUUUCUUGGCUCCACCAUUCACUACCACCACUAUUUCUACUCUUUCAUCUCUCAACAGCUGUUUCUGUAUUCAUGCUUCCCUCGCUCUCUUGAAUGUUUCUAAUGGGCUUUGAGCAUUUCUUGGUAUAUUCUUGUUCUUUCUGAUUUCGUGCUUUAAGCUUCUAUUUGUUUUGCUUUGAGCCACGAGAAUGGAUUUGAAGAAGGAAGAGAGUGUUGUUGGGACAGCCCACAACUUUGAAGAAGGCGCCUUGGAAUUGAGAGUGAAGGAUGUGGGUAGUGCGGGUGAUAACAGAGAGAGCACUGUGUUCUUGAGGGCUGAUAAGAUUGAUUUCAAGACUUGGGAUGUGCAGCUGGAGAAGCAUUUGAGUCGGGCUUGGUCUAGAGAUGCUGAAGCCCAUAACAAGCCCGAAGAAUGGGAAAUCGAUUUGUCUAAGCUUGAUAUAAAAAAUGUUAUAGCUCAUGGGACGUAUGGUACAGUUUAUAAAGGUGUUUAUGAUGGCCAAGAUGUUGCAGUGAAGGUAUUGGACUGGGGGGAGGAUGGCAUUGCUACUGCAGCUGAGAGCGCUGCUCUUCGGGCAUCUUUUAAACAAGAAGUAGCUGUCUGGCAGAAGCUUGACCACCCAAACGUCACUAAGUUUAUUGGUGCCUCAAUGGGAACAUCGAAUCUCAAGCUACCUUCUCAAGGCACUUUGGCUGGUAGUUUCAACUCACUUCCGUCCAGAGCAUGUUGUGUUGUGGUGGAGUACAUUCCAGGUGGGACAUUAAAGAAGUUCUUAAUCAGGAAUAGCAGGAAAAAACUCGCUUUUGGGGUUGUGAUUCAACUUGCCCUAGAUCUUGCUAGAGGUUUGAGUUACCUCCACUCGAAAAAAAUUGUGCAUCGUGACGUCAAAACAGAGAAUAUGCUGCUUGAUUCUAAUAGAACUCUUAAAAUUGCCGAUUUUGGUGUUGCUCGGAUUGAAGCUCAGAAUCCACGGGAUAUGACUGGAAAUACUGGUACUCUCGGCUACAUGGCACCAGAGGUUCUUGACGGCAAGCCUUACAAUAGGAAAUGCGAUGUCUACAGUUUCGGCAUAUGCUUGUGGGAAAUAUACUGCUGCGAUAUGCCUUAUCCUGAUCUCAGCUUCGCUGACGUGUCUGCCGCUGUGGUGCAACAGAACUUACGACCAGAAGUUCCACGAUGCUGCCCGGGUGGAUUCGCAAGCAUCAUGCGCAAGUGUUGGGAUGCAAAACCAGAAAAUCGGCCUGAGAUGGACGAGGUCGUGAGGCUGUUAGAAGCAGUGGACACGAGCAAGGGUGGUGGAAUGGUACCUGAUGAUGAGGCUGGCGGAUGCUUUUGUUUCAGAAAAGCUCGUGGUCCAUGACUAGACCACAACCUUAUUCAGUUCCUGCUGUAAUAAGCAAUCAAUUUUACAUAGAAUCAAUUCAUUUACAUUUUACUCUUCUGGAGAUGGUCUUUUAAUAAACAGUGUUUGCCCACAAGAUGUCUAUAUUCCAUUCUGACUGUGACUGAAUUAUUAAAUAAAAGAAAUUGUGAUUGGGUAA